CGCGGAAGGUGACCGCCGUGAGGAGGAGAAGCUGAACGCCGCCAUGUUGUCGCUGUCCGCCCGUUGCGGCCCGUUGGCGCCUUACCUGGCGGCCGCCGCGCACAUAGUGCCGGCUCCGCGGAAGCCUCUGGUGCUGGAGGUCCCGCCGGGCCCCACGAAGAUCCUGUCCUUGGAUUCGAGGCGGCCUCUGCUGUGCCGGGAGUCGCUGAUGGGCCAGGCGAGCCGGGGAGGCCUGGUCGUCACUGCUUCCCUCAACGCUCCUGCCAGCGUUCGUUAUGUCCAUAAUGACAUGGCUGUGCCAGACUUCUCUUACCACCGUCGCGACAGUUUACAAGAUAGCACAAAAUCCUCCCAAGAUAGCAGCGCAGAGAGAAAAACCUUCACCUACUUUUUCAAUGGGGCAACCUAUUUGCUCUCUGCGUACUUCGCCAAGAAAGCUGUCGUUAUGUUCGUCUCCAGCAUGAAUCCUGCUGCUGAUGUAUUGGCGCUGGCUAAGAUUGAGAUCAAGCUGUCCGAUAUUCCAGAAGGCAGGAAUAUGGUUUUCCAGUGGAGGGGAAAACCCCUGUUUGUGCGUCACAGAACCCAGGCAGAGAUUGAUCAAGUGGCUAAAGUACCUUUGAGUGAACUAAGAGACCCAGAGCAAGAUGUGGAUAGGGUGAAGAAACCGGAGUGGUUGGUAGUGCUAGGCAUAUGCACCCAUCUUGGCUGUGUACCAAUUGCAGAUGCUGGGGAUUUUGGAGGUUAUUACUGCCCCUGCCAUGGGUCCCAUUAUGAUGCAUCUGGCAGAAUACGUAAGGGCCCAGCUCCACUCAAUCUGGAGGUCCCACCGCAUGAAUUCGCUAGUGAAGAUAUGCUUAUCGUCGGUUAAAUAUCCUGAUUCUCGUGUACACGUUGAGGAAAGAAUUGAGUCAUAAGAUAUUGCAAAACAUUACAGUUGAAUUGUGGGACGUCUCGUUAGCUUUAAUAAGGCAUUAAACUGAUGUCCUCUAAUCAGA